AUGGUAUCAGCAAACCAGGAAUAUAAACUGGGAUUCUUCUCUCCUCCAAACACCACCAACCGCUACUUGGGAAUCUUCUUCUCCUUGUCGGAAGAAACCGUGAUUUGGGUCGCCAACAGAGACACACCCCUCAAAGAUUCUUCUGGCGCCGUUGCUCUGUCUCGAGAUGGCAAUCUUGUCGUCUUAGAUGGGACUAAUCGAACCGUCUGGUCGACUAAACUCACAACAUCUUUAGUCAGUCCAGUCGUCCAAAUCCUGGACACUGGCAAUCUCGUCUUGAGGGAAGAGGACUCUGGAGACGCGUUGUGGGAGUCUUUCUCACAUCCUACGGAUGUUAUGGUGCAGGGGAUGAGGCUAAGCCAAAACGUAAACACCGGAAAGCAGGUUGAUACAGUUGUUUUCUCCCCUGUUCUGGUGCUGCUGACAGCGUGGAAAAGCGCGACCGACCCUGCGGUGGGGAGCUUCACUGGGGGCCUGGACGCUGCGAGUGCGGCGCCACAGCUUGUCGUUUGGGAUGAGGGGAGGCCGCACUGGAGGAGUGGGCCGUGGAACGGCCUGAUCUUUCUCGGGAUAAAGGAGAUGUUCUAUGCCUACUUGGACGGAUUCUCUCAGUGCGAUUCGGAAGUUGUGGAAUGGGGCGGCGAAGAGAUGGGACGUGGUGAUGGCGUAUCCUGA